AUGCCACCCCAGAAUUAUGCGAAAAUGCGGAUGCAGCUGCUAAAGAUCGUGGUGGUCCUGUUGGCAGCAGGAUCGGGUGACACCAGACCGCAGAAUGGCGCAGAUUCGCAAGCGAAGACGAUAGAAAGGAACGACGCGGGAUGGAGAAGCAUCCAAGUCUCGAGCAAGUCACACGACAUUGUUCGAGACGAUAGCAGGUAUACGGGGACUUCCGGAACAACUCAUGCAUCUGGUUUCGAGAGGACAAAUGACGAUAUCUCUGUUGCAGUAGAAAAUCGUCGGAAGUCCAGUUCAGUUAGGUUUGAUUCAUUCGUGAAUAAAGAUAUUGAAGGCGAGAUGUCACGUUGGAAGCAGGGUGUAAAUAGAUUUUCUUUGCAAAUAGCGAGGACAAAUGUUCCGAGCGAUUCUCAGGUAAAUGCUUCUACUCAUUCUAUUCAUAAAGAUCGUAAUUCGAUUCGCAAACCUACAAACUCGAGCGUGAUUUCGCACGGAAAUUCAAAGCCGAGUGUCGUUACUAAUUCUUCUCGCUCCAUUGACGAUCAGCACGGUGACUUGAAUAAUUCAGAAAGAUCAGCGCAUGGCGUGGACACAGCCUUGAUUCCGAAUUUUAAAUCUGAAGUCGUUGGUCAAUUCCCUGCGUUUCGCCACAGGAACGCAGCUACGUUCCAUAGAAAUUUCGUUAAGCUUCGGUAUCCGUACUCGACUUCGAAUUGGCGGAAUGCCAGCAACGUCGCAUUGAACAUGAAGGUAAAGAAUGGUAACGAUAUUUCUACCGACAUUCAACUGAGAAAACCAGCAAAGCACUUUACGCGAACAGGUGCGAAGAAGCCCGUCAGCUUGAACAUUCACGUGACGUCCAAACCGAUGAAGAGUAAUCAAUCUUCGUCUGUUCAGGAAUCGCCGAGUCAGAAAGUUGGCACUGAAAACAAAACGAUGGACAAAUAUAACGAUACGACCGUACAAUACGAUGCGUACUUGAAAAACUGGCCGAAUGAUGCAAUUCAGAACUUUGAAGAUCUGUAUAAUUAUGAGAAAUAUACUUCAUCUCUGGACGAGGAAUCGAGUCAUGAGUCGAGUCUUUCCAGUGCUGAAGAAACACCGAUCCUAUUGUCGAACAACUAUUUUGAUCAUGCGGACCCAAUCCUUGAUUCCAGUGUAAAGAAGAUCAUCCAUUGGUUAAAGGUGCCGGAAAUCGUUCCGAACAAUACGCAGUAUUUCGAUUACAAUGAUGACAAACCGAUCGAGUCGAAUUUAGAGUCGAUUUACGAAAACUUGGAACCCAAUCGUCCGUUGAAUAUCCACGACGACAAUUAUGAGACCGUCGUUCUUCAAGGUGUACCGCUGAGUCAGAAUCUUGAUACAAUAGACUCAAACUAUCCAAUCCGGUGGUCAAAUCCAAGUUCAAUUACAUCUCUCAAAUAUGAAACGGAUUCUUCGAAUCCUUCCGCUCCUUUGAUUCCUUCUUCCUGGCCUGGUGGAGCAUUGUUGCAAAACAAGACCGUUUACAAUCCUACAACACACGUGACACAGAAUACGGUGGUUCAUAUCUUGAAUGAUGAUCUGAAGAAACCGAAUGUAACCGUGACUCAAUUGAAAGCACCGGAAACAGACGCGACAGCUGCUAAUCAAGCGACUUCUUCAGGAUCUUCUUCAGAGUCCUUGGCGCAGAGACCCAACGUUCAUGUAAUGUUCACUUCUCAGAACGACGAGAAUAAAAAUAUUUCCAAGCAGGAGAUUAAUACCGCCCCUUCGACUUACAAUACAAACUGUCCGACGAUUAUGAUAAAUACUUAUACUCGGGUGAACAAUACGCUUCAAAGCAAGGAAGGAUGCACAGAUCUGAAUAUAAUCGUCAAUUCGCAUGUUUUGAAUACUAAUGUGUUUAAGCCAAGCAGCUCACCGGCGACUGCGGAGGAUCAUCAGGCCUCAUUAACGACGCAGAACUACGAUAGUACAGAUGAAAGCGAGAAAUAUUCUGAUGUGCUUACCGAUCUCUCCCAUGUGGAUUCUUGGAAUAGUUACAUAAUCGCUUCGACCGGAACAUAUGAUUCUAACUUGCUCGAAACGCAACCAGAUCAACAUGACUAUGAUUCCCAGAAAGAUCCCAAUGAAAUUCUAGAUCCCGCUCAAUCUUUGGGAUUGUCGACCAUCGAUAGUCUUCACACAGUUGAGGUGUCCCAGGGCAUCAGCGUUUCAUUAACGAACGCGGAAGAGAGCCCUGCUGACGGUCCCGGCAAUGACGCGUCAAGUUCCGCUAUCAAUCCACCAGCUGCUGGUGCUUCUGCGAGCGGGCCAUCUGUUGCCGGAACUCUCGGUUCCGAAAAUCCAUCUGUGCCCGUCGUUCAGGAAUUGCCGGUGUAUUUAGUCAAACCCGGUCCGGUGACCGGUCAGUCUAAUGUUGGUCCAGGUUCCUUGCAAUUGUCAGCAUUACCGAAUCUUCCCAGUCUUAAUAUCGCAACUAAACCCGGUUUAUCGAGCAGUGCUGGUUCAUCCUUGUCGUCGGCUUCAGGAACGUUAUCCGACAACGAUGAUGAUGACGAUGACUUUGAUUUUGAUUUUGAUAUGUCGCCAGGCGACGUGUUGCAGUACAUGGCUAAGGCCUUAACGUAUUUUUCCUUUUUAAAUCCGUUGGGUUAUGGCGUCGUCAGCCUUACUUCAGCACCGUUUGUCGCAAUGGCGGCUGGUAUACUCGGCAUAGCCGCGUUCAUCUUCCCGUGGGCACUACCGAGUGCCUUCGAAUUCGGGCGCUCCGCUGACAAGACGAUCGGUUUCACACCGAACCUUGAGGAGUUUGUUAGACAAGCCGUGCACAAGUAUGAUCGUCUGAACGAAUGGAAGAGUAGACGUAGGAAGCGCAGAAGUGGGCAAGUGAAUGAUACUCAUCGUGAUUUGAAGGAUCUGCAAUAUAUGGAUCAGUCUCUGAGAACCGUCGCCACUCAACUUCUCAACGUUACAAAUCCACAGGACGUGGUAAAUGUGAAUAACAAAGACCUCAUCAAAGCCGAACACAACGUCGCGACUACGCCAAAAUCCUCGGAGAACAGUGUACCUUUGUUGAUGAGGGAUGUUAGUUCAGAAAUCAAUUUAGAGCCUGUGCAUUUCGGUAGGCCAAUUAAUUCUAAAUUCAGUUAUUUCGAGAGUAGUCAUCCAGGCCAAGCGAUGGCAAUGACGGAGGAAGAGCUUGAGCGAGAGAUGAGCACAACGAGGCUGAUUACCGCCUACAAAAAUCAUCCGACAACUACUGGCGGUAUCUCCACUUGGAUCCUACUGAAUCCACCGUCCACAACCGUAAAGAGCGUAGAGAUCGAGAAAUCGAAGACACAGCAGCCAUUCCAAACGGAGGUACGACUUACAGUAAGACCAAGUUCGUCGAUCGAAAAAGAAACGAUUCCGCAGGUAGAAAAGAUCACGGAGAAGACCACGCCACAGUUAACCCCUGUUAUAACCACCGAAAAAGUGACUAUAAUCACAAAGAAACCGAGUAUGACGACAACAAAGAAAAUCGUGACUUCGAAACCGGAGAAAGUUACUCAGAAUUCAGAAAAGAAUUUGGAAACAUCAUCGAGCACAACUUUGAAGGUGAUUCGCACUACAACAACAAGCACUUCGACGACGAGUGAUGGAACAGCUACGUUGACUGUUCUCACGACGAAGAAGAAUCAACCGCCGCGAACUACUUCUAAGCCGAAAAUUACCACGCCGAGAACAACUUUGCAUUCUAAGCCGGCAACAACGAAACCGGCCUCAAUGAAACCGACGACGACGAAACCAGUGAGACCAAAACCAACGAGGAAACCUACAAUCAAAAACGAAACGGUAAAGAAUGAGACCUCCACAUCGACUGGUAAAAUCGAGAAGGUGACCUUCAAACCGCUCUCGAUCAUCACAACGCCGCAAGACAAGCUGGAAAAUACUGAGAAACCAAUGUUCGUUACGAAGAUAAAAGCGUCAGUGCUCAUGGACACUCAGAAAACUCCGACUACUUUACUUCCGGCUACCACCGCGGCUACCGUGAGUGCCAGUACAACGUUCAAGUCGAAUUUGUCGACCGUGGAUCUCGUAGAAGUACCAGUAAGAUCGAAGCCAGUCAACACGAAAGGAAAUAACGUACUGAAGGUGCAACUGAAGAAGCCUAUUGAUGAGACCACACAAAUCGAGAUAGAGCCAAUCAAAGUAAACGCACCAAUUUUGACAAUCGAGAAGGUCGAUAACAUGGACGAAAUCAUGAUGAAGGAUACGGACGAUCUUAAUGACUCCAGAAUAGAUCUAAAAUUUGACUUUAAUCCCGAAUUGACCAAAAUUAACGUAGAAACAAAAGCGGAGGCGGAUGCGGCGACAUCGACAAGCGCGACAGCGUCAACCACGACGAAGCGGCCGAGGCAUAACUCGAAGAGAAAGAAGAACAAGACUCGAAGGCGCAAACCUACUACGACCUCGGCACCAACCUCGACGAUGGUGCCCGUUCUAAUGGAAAUCAACGAGAGUGUUACUGAUUCUACCAUCACAGAUAACGCAGUCCAGGAAUCGAAAAUCGCGCCUGAAACAAAAGUUGGGGCGAACACGACGAAGACUAAGAAGAAGCAACCGCAGAAGGCGAUCAGCACUCAGAUUUACAACUUCCUCAGUCGCGAAGUGAUGCCUAGCUUCGGCGUCAUGUCACUGGUAGGUUUAGGUCUUGGCCUCGCUUCGUAUUUCCUGUAUCCCUUCGGCGGUACUAUCACUCGAAGGAAUUACGACGUGGAGCCGAAUUACAAGUACAAUAUGGAUGAAUAUGGCGGUAACUACGGGCAGAGCGAGGAGGAGAUGUUAUCCAAGGUGUUCCAGGGUAUGACGAAUUAUGAGAAUAAAUAUCCAGGAACGAAAGAUAACUACAACAAUAACUACUAUCACUAUCAGCAUUAUGAUGGUGCAUAUGAUACUCAAACGAAGAAGGUCGAAACGAGAUAUCCAUCGGUGUCUACUUCUCCUGUUUACAAAGCCGUGGAGAACACUCAACCAGCAGUAAAGUAUCGGAACACGGACUUCCAAUAUCCCGAAGCACAAACCACUCCAGCUUUUUAUUACGAUCGCAAACGUCCAGAUUUCGCGGAAGUCGGUACGAGUUCAGCGGCAAAUCGGCAAUUCGUAGUUGGUAACGUACCUAAGGAAUAUCCAUUCGACGUGAAAGCAGCGAAUUUGCCGGUGGACAACAAGAAAGGUUACAUGUCAACGGAGGUUGGACAGACGCAAUUUGAGCGAGAGGUAUCGCAGAACUUUGAUUUCCCGAACGCGGCCGGGUUGCACAGUUAUGGCCAUUUGGGAGCAUCAACUAUCCGAGUGGAUGACGGAUACGAAGAGAUUGAAAUAACGCCAACAGCGGUGGCCGUCGAGCACGGACCGCGAUCUCUUAAGGUCAAACGUUCUGCCCUUAACGAGGGUGGCCGAGGGCGACGCUCAAGAUCAAAGAGGGAGUCGGUAAUUCAGAUAAUUCCAACGAAACGUGAACUGGAAGAAGAGCGCGAGGAGGCAGAGAAGGAGGAAGAUCUGAGCAACGAGAUUCUGGAUAUCAUCGAUUCGGCUCUGCCGGGUGGCGAAGUGCCACACAAAACGAAGGGUAGCAACGAAAACGAAGUAGAGGAUCUCGAGGGGCAGAAGAGGAAACAACAAGAGGAAGCUAAUACGCGCGUAAAGGAGUCCACCUCGAAAACUACACAUACAGAGGACACGACGGAGAUUCCCACGACUUCCACGACCGUCGGAAAAAUAGAUGACGGCGAUACUAGCGUCUCUUCAGAAAAGUCUACUGAUACCACGCAUCCCACGGACUCGAAGGACCCCGAAACAAUCGAGUGGUUCGACAGCUCGACCACGAAAAAGCCCUCAGAGGGCUUCAGUCUUAUAAAUUUUGUAAAGAAGGUGGCCGAAAUUAAGUUCAGAUUGGGUCUGACAAUUCUUAAGCAUGCCAGUGAGGGUUUCGCGCGGUAUCUAGGUCACGUGCAGAAGAGAAUCAACGGCGAGGAAUGAGAAGGAAGCGAAGAACUCGGAGGAGCAGCGAUGGAAGUUCUCGAGUCGUGUGGCGAUACGCAUUUUCCAAUUUCACGGCGCAAUACGGUGGACAUGCGGCGGAUAACGGCGAUGGACGACGUGACGACAACCGUAGUCCUGUAGAUAACGGUAGUCGAGGAAAACGAAGAAGCGGUUUCUCCCCCAUCCUCCCUCCCCCCGACUUCUUCGCGGCCGAUUCGAGAUGCGAUUUCACGGGCAAUCAUUUUUGUCCAUCCAUAAACGAUGCGAUGCGAUGCGAUAGACGAUCGUCCUUUCACUUAGAAAGCUAAAACAACGAAGGGGAACACGGACUACUGUUACGAUCACCGAAUACGCGUCUCCUCUUUCAAGGUAUCGCCGUGAACGUUGCAGAUGGGUAACGCAUCUUCUUUCAGGCUCCUCCUCUUCACGCGAGAGUUCGACGAAAAUGCCCUCAACGUGUUCCCUACAAAAAAAAAACUCUAUUCGAUUAACAAGGUGUUUAAUUUUAGCCUUCGGGUCCUUGCGUGAGAAUGCCUUUCGACACGCGAUAUACAAUGUGAUAAGAUGCAUUCUAGGGAUAAUUUAUUGAAAGCAGGACGAUCGAGAUAGACGCGGGAUUGGUGAGGGGUUUCGAGAGAUUUUUCUCUCUCUCUCGCUCUCUUCCACACACAGGAUCGAUUGGAUCUUUAUUGAAAGUCGCUUUUUAAUCUCUCUACAAUUGUUUUGGUAUAUGCGCACUGCUCUCUUACCCUCUCGCUGGAGGGCGAGCGAAGACGUAUGAUGGAGCCGAUUAUUGGGCAGCUUAAUUACACUGUAAAGUACGCUAUAUAAUUGAAUAAAUAAAAUUGAACGAAUAAAUAAAUAAAUAGAUAAGUAUGUAAACUCUCUAUGUAACACCCUGAUAUACGUUAUGUAAAUAAAUAUUGGAGAAUGUAAACGUUUGUGUUUCUC